GUGCGACAGCCUGCUUCAUCCUUGCACCAUGGAUCCGUACGCCAAUCCCUACACCCAACAGUAUAGCCAAUCCUCAUCUUACGAUAUCAACCCAUAUCAUAAGCCUUACCAAGGACCCUCUUACCCAAUACCAGGUUCUUCGUCUGGUCAUAGCGCCCCAGUUCCUGCCAACGCCUACGAAUACGAUGUCGGGAUACUCGCACAGCAAAGUGUCUAUGUGCCUGGAGCCAUGAUUGACAAGCGAGGAGGCUCUGGUGGCAAGCUGGCGAAAGGCGGCAAGCGCACAACAGUUCUGUGCAAAGGGGGUGGCAAGGUUUGGGAGGAUCAAACUCUCCUUGAAUGGAAUCCAUCAUGGUUUAGAUUGUUCGUUGGCGAUCUCAGCAAUGACGUUUCAGAUGAUGUCCUGGCCAAUGCAUUCAACAAAUAUCCUUCAUUCCAGAAAGCAAGGGUCAUAAGGGAUAGGCUGAGUCAAAAGGCCAAAUACGGUUUCGUUGCCUUCUCCGACCCGGAAGAUUUCUUGAGAGCUUGGAAAGAGAUGGAUGGUAAAUACGUUGGUAACAGACCCGUCAAGCUCAAGAAAGCGGAUCAGACAGCCAUCCGACCAGUGGAGAUAGGUCAUCGCAAAGCUAAGCAGCUGGAAAAGGAACUGAAGAAGAAUAGGCAUAAGCCCUACUGAUAUAGCGGCACUCUAGAUUGACAAGGUCAUCUUUGUGGUUCAGUUUCGGUUAUCUUAUCCGAAGUUUGCCCUGUUAUCAGCUCCUGAGCUUGUAGCGGGUACUCUAGAGCUCAGUUAAUGUGUAGUAUGACCUUCAAUCCCCACAAUCCGGGCAGAUGUACGUAUACCAGCAGAUAUCCAUUUCCCUUCCACCUUGUUGCAACCCCACACCUUUACUUCCGUGAGUUUUGUGCAACCUUCCAAU